AUGUCAACCGAACCAACAUCUAUUAAGGGUAGUGUUACACCUCCUACUUCGAUAGAUUCUGAAAAUUCGGGAGUUGGAGCUUCAAGCCAAACAAAGGGGACUACCGGGAAAAGAAAAGCCACUCCUCAAAGGUCAGAAGUUUGGUCUCACUUCACUAAGAUUAUUAAUAGUGAAGGUGCAAGCUUAAAGGAAAUGAAUAAAUCUGUUGAACGUGUUAGGGGGGCUGUUAGAUAUGUGAGACAAUCUCCAGCUAGAUUACAAAAGUUUAAGGAGUGUGUUGUGGUGGAAAAGAUAGAGUGCAAGAAGACGUUGUGUCUUGAUGUUUGUACUAGGUGGAACUCGACUUAUUUAAUGUUAGACACUGCUCAGAACUUUGAGAGAGCUUUUGAGAGAUUUGAGGAGCAAGAUACAAACUUUAGGGCUGAACUUGAAAGGGGAGAGGGUUGGCCUAGUCUGGAUGAUUGGAAUAAUGUUAUAAACUUGAGGGAUUUCUUGGAACACUUUUAUGAAUUCACUUUGCGUAUUUCUGGCACUUCAUAUGUCACGUCCAAUAAUUUUUUGGAUGAGCUUUCUGAAAUUGAUAUUCUUUUACGAGAUGCUCAGUUAAAUAGUAAUGUUGCUUUCAAUGUUAUGGCCAUCAAGAUGAAAGAGAAGUAUGAUAAGUAUUGGGGUGGUAUUGAUAAGAUAAAUUUGCUUAUGUUUGUUGCUUGUGUUUUAGAUCCUAGGCAAAAACUAAAUACUUGUAGCCAAUCGAGUGUGCCAACACAUGUUUCUCUCGGUGAAUCACAACAAAAAAUGAAAAGGCGAAUACAAGCUUUGUAUAAAAAGCGUGAGUUGGAAAUUUGUGGUGAGGAUAAAACAUCUGAGUUGGAUAAAUAUCUAGCUGAGGCUAAUGAGGGAUUUGUUGAAGAUUUUGAUAUUUUGUUGUGGUGGAAAGUGAACAGCCCUAGAUUUCCCACUCUUUCAAAAAUGGCCAGAGAUUUGUUAGCUAUACCGGUUUCUACGGUUGCUUCAGAGUUUGCAUUUAGCACCGGGGGACGUGUGCUUGAUCAAUAUAGGAGUUCUUUAACUCCUAAAAUUGUACAAGCCCUUGUGUGUACUCAAGAUUGGAUUCGAAAAUCAUCAUCACAAGAAGACAUCAAAAAGAUUGAAGAACGAAUUCAAGAGCUUGACAAGAUUGAAAAUGAUAUAUUUAUUUGUUUAAUGCAAUUGGAAAUCUUUUGGAGAGAAGAAAUGGAUACAAAUGGAGAAUAUUAA